CUUACAAGCAUCACAUAUAUCAAACACACAACAUAUUAAGUGAAGUGAAUCAUAUAUAUAUUAAAUCUAUAUUCAUCAUCACUAAAGUUAUGGAGAAGAAAUCACUAGCUGCCUUGUCCUUCCUCCUCCUCCUCGUUCUCUUUGUUGCACAAGAAAUUUGUGUGGUGACAGAGGCAAACACUUGUGAGCAUUUGGCAGAUACAUACAGGGGAGUAUGCUUCACGAAUGCUAGCUGUGAUGAUCACUGCAAGAACAAAGCGCACUUAAUCAGUGGCACGUGCCAUGACUGGAAAUGUUUCUGCACUCAAAACUGUUAAAGACGUUAUAAGUAUAAUAAUAUAAAUAAAUAAAAUGCAUGCAGUUAUAGCAACUACCGCUGUAUCUGUGUAUGUAUUUGAAUAAGUUAUGUGUGUACUCAUCGUGUAUAACCUACUAGUUAUGCACUUUUAUCUUAUGGAAUAAAACUUUAAUCAAUAAUUGCCUUGGCCCA